AUCUAAACAUCCGCUCUCCCCUCCACUCCUUCUAAGCCCAAGGAGUGAGGACUAAGAACUGGGGAGCCCCUCACUGCCACCAACAAAUCAAAACAAAAGAAGAAGAGAGCUCCUCUUCUGUUCUCCUCUUCCCCUCUUCCCCUCUUCCCCUCUCUGAUUCCUUCCCUCUGCGGAGGUUGUUGCAGCCAAAUUAUCCAGCCAAAACCAUGUCUUGCUCCAAUCUAACAAUGUGGGUAUCAUCUAAACCUUCUCUCUCUGAUCCCUCCACUCUAUCCUUCCGCUCUUUCCUCAAUCCUUUUCGUCUCCCUUCCCAUGGUUCCACCAUUAGCAUCUCCUCUCGACCUUCUUCAACAAACCCAAUUCACUGUGGUCUCCGUGAGCUCCGUGAACGUAUCGAUUCAGUGAAGAACACCCAAAAGAUCACUGAAGCGAUGAAGCUCGUGGCGGCAGCUAAAGUCCGAAGAGCCCAAGAAGCUGUGGUCAAUGGUAGACCCUUCUCCGAGACCCUAGUUGAGGUUCUAUAUAACAUCAAUGAGCAGCUCCAGACUGAAGAUGUCAAUGUCCCUCUCACCAGCGUUCGGACGGUCAAAAAGGUUGCCUUGGUUGUUGUCACCGGCGAUCGAGGUCUCUGUGGUGGCUUCAACAACGCAAUCAUCAAAAAGGCUGAAGCCCGGAUUGCCGAUUUGAAGAAACUUGGCGUCCAAUACACUGUUAUCAGCGUGGGAAAGAAGGGAAAUUCCUAUUUCCUCCGACGGCCGUAUAUUCCGGUAGAUAGGUUUCUUGAAGGAGGGAACCUCCCCACUGCGAAAGAAGCUCAGGCUAUAGCCGAUGAUGUCUUCUCUCUCUUUAUCAGUGAAGAGGUCGACAAGGUGGAGCUCUUGUACACCAAGUUCGUGUCUUUGGUUAAAUCCGAUCCUGUUAUUCACACUUUGCUUCCACUCUCACCCAAGGGAGAGAUUUGUGAUGUGAAUGGUAUCUGUGUGGAUGCUGCAGAAGAUGAGUUGUUUAGAUUGACAACCAAGGAAGGGAAAUUGACAGUGGAGAGGGACACAGUGAGGACAGAGACAAUUGACUUCUCACCUAUCUUGCAGUUCGAGCAGGAUCCAGUUCAGAUUCUUGAUGCUCUGUUGCCUCUCUAUCUGAACAGUCAGAUUCUGAGGGCACUGCAGGAAUCACUGGCUAGUGAGCUCGCAGCUAGAAUGAGUGCCAUGAGCAAUGCCACUGAUAAUGCGUCGGAGUUGAAGAAGACCCUAUCAAAAGCCUACAAUCGGCAACGCCAAGCGAAGAUCACGGGUGAGAUAUUGGAGAUUGUUGCAGGGGCUGAUGCUCUUAUAUAGUUUCAAUUGAUGGUUAUUGAUCCUUUUUUUUUUUUGGUGAUCCUGUAACUUUGUUUCACCUUUUUUUCCCCUCCUUCCUUGGGUGGGUUAUCUCCUGAUUCAUACAAAUAUGGAUGUUUAAGUUGGUUACUCUGAGCAGCCAGCUUCUUAAUAAUAUCUGAGCUGCAUUAUAGUGAGGAUUGCAGGGCAAAUUGGGGACAAAACAAGAUUUUCCAUUUCACUAUUAAUAGUUUACUGUUUUCUCUGGUUUAUAUUCA